UACUGCCAGACUCCUACCUCUUCCUCCCACAUACAUAUUCUCUAUCAUAUUACUCUAUUUUAUUUUCUACAGCGCUUCCCUAAAAUCUGAUUUACUUGAUUACUUAGUGUCUAUCUUCCCCACCACCAUGUAAACUCCAUGAGAACAUGGAUCUCAUCUAUUAUUUAUUUAUUAGAGUGGGGUCUUACUCUGCCACCCAGGCUAGAGUGCAGUGGUACAAUCACAGCUCACUGUAGCCUUGAACUCCUGGGCUCAGGCGAUACUCCCACAUCAGCAACCCACUGAGGAGCUGGGACCACAGGCGUGUGUCACCAUAGCAGGCUAAUAUUUUUUUAUUUCUUAUUUUUGUUUUUUUCCAGACAUGGUUUCUCAAUGUUGCCCAGGUUGCUCUUGAACUUCUGGCUUCAAGUGAUCCUCCUGCCUCAGGCUCCAGGACAACUGGAACUACAGGCAUGAGCUACUAUUCCUGGCUCCCACCUAGUUUAAUCACUGCUGCAUUCCCAUAGCCUACAUAAACAGGAGCUGCUCCAUAAAUAUAGCCUAGUAAGUUGAAAGCAAAGUGGCACCAGCAAUGGGUGAGAACAAGAUCAAGCCUUGCAACAGGGGCUGGAUGUGGAGGGCAGAAUUAGAAAAGUCUUCACACAAACACAAAAUAUGUUUAAAAUGAGGUUUCUUGAUUGCUUCUGGAGUUGGGAGGUAGGUAGCCGUAAGACAAGGAUAGGAGAGAAACCUAUAUUUUAAACCAUGUGAAUACACUGCCUCUUUCAAAAAUAUUUUAAAAUAUAAAAAUAACAAUCUGAGUUUGAAUAUAGACAGUUCACCUGACAAAUGACAAAGAAAAAACAAGCAGAAGGAACUACUGAAAAAGAGCAAAAGAAAAAUAUAGUUGACCCUUGAAUAGCACAGGUUUGAACUGCAUAGGGUCCACUCAUAGAUGUUUUCAACCAAACAAGGUCAAAAAUAUAGUAUUUGCAGGAUGCAAAACCAGUGUAUACACUUUGGGAAUUAAGUAUGGGCAGAUUUGGGUGUGAGGGGUUGGUACUGGAACCUAUCCCCCUGCUUCUACCAAGGGAUGACUUAUUUUUUUUUUCUGACUUACCAAGUAGUUUAAAAGUAAUAAUAACCAAACUGCUAAUAGCAGUAAUAAUAAUGAUGAUAAUAAUAGUUAACACCUAUUGGAAGCACUUACUAUGUCUCAGGCACUUCUCUCACUUAGUGUUUAUUUAAAUCCCAAGAAAGCCUAUGAAAUGCACGUUACCUCCAUUUUAGAUGAAGAAACUGAGACACAGUUACUGAGUUUACAAAGCUAGUAAGUGUCAGAGCCACAAUUCUUACCCAGGAAGUCUGGCUCCAGAGUUCAAGUACUCAGGUAAAGAUAAGCCUAAGGUUCAGUAAGGAACCAUUAUAGAAAAGAUAGAUUCUAGUCUCAACUUUGCUACUAACUGGACAGAGAACCUUAGACACUUACUCAUUUACCAUUACUGGGUUUGAUUUGUGUCUCUGUGAAGAGUGCAUGGAAUAGCUCCAAAGCUCAACAAACUGUAAGGCUACUAGCCAGUCUGAGGAAUAAGACAGGCAGAUAUAAACCGAGCAGAGUAUGUUAAAUAAAAAAGAAAGAAAAAACUAGCUAGUGUCUUUGUGUGGAUGUGUUUAAGUACAUUGAUAAUGCAUAAAAAAAAAAAACACUGUUGGUGGCGAAGCACUUUGAUCCACCAACCAAACUUAAAAAAUAGUUUUAUUAUAGAGACUUCUGUUUGCCAUGGAAUUUGCUGUAGCAAAACUUUGCCCACAUAUAUCGCAAAUGUGAGAGGAUAAAAAUCAUUCAUUUUUGCAGCACCCUCCUAAACUCAUGCAAUCUUUAAAAUAAACAUUACAUGCCCAGAUAAGAAAAUGUCUAGCAUUUUCCAAUUUAUCUGAGGACAAAGUUAACUCAGCAGCAACUUUAACUCUUUUGUAGUUUGAGAAUAAUAAAUCAUAUAACUAUUUUUCUUUAUGCUACUGAUACACAAUUUGAACUAGAAAAUAGCCAUAGAGAAAAGAAGUGCUGUCAUAAUUUAGGUACAACGCCAAAUGUCCUGAAAUCCAACUAAUAAUUUAUAGAUGAUUUUUUCAUUAACCUUCCAGAUUCCACAGAUAAACAAAAAACCUUAAAAGGAGGAAAAAGUUCACUUCUCCAAUUCCAUACUAUGUAAAAUAGAAGGGUAGGAAAAAAACGAAAGUAAAAUAAGAAAAAAUACAUGAAGCCAAAUGAAGCAAUCAGCCACAUGCUUUAAUUAUUCUAGGUUCUAUGUUUUUACACUUGUCUCUCAUUAUUUGCUCAACACUAAGCACUGUAUAAAAUGAAGAUUUAAAAUUUUCAUCCCUUUACUGUGUAUCUUUCUUAACAUUCUAAAACUAACUAUGAACUUUCUAUUGGCUCAAAACAGAACAGCUACUAUGAAUUUUAUCUGCCAUUGAUGUUACAAUACUUGAAACUCUUCUAAAAUUAGCGUUUUAUUUAUAGGAAAGUUAAGCAAUAGCUAAUAGCGAUAUAGCCAACACAAGCUCUCAAUAAAGUCACCCUUAAAAUCUAAACGCUUGUUUAGCAAAUAAAUUCUUGUUUUCAGAUGAAAAGAGAAACCUAGAAAAGGCAGCUACCUAUUAACAAUAUAAGUUUAACAUCUACGGUCCCGAGUGUAUAUUGAGAAAAGCAAAGGCAAGCUGCCUCUUCUUCCAGGAAAACCGUAGACUCCAGGGGCCCUGGCACGCACUACAGAAAACUGCCCUCUCGGCUAGGCAGCGGUCAUCAUCACCUGGCCACGGUUCAGUUUUCUGUUCGGAAAUAAAACAAAUGCUCCUCUCUCCGGUGCAAAACCACCUAGUCCGCGCGGCUUUGAUCACUGAAGGCAAGGCCUGAGCGAGUUAAAGGCAAAAAGAGCUGUGUUGGAGUUUGUGACAACUUAGAAACACAGCUCAAGUCACCUAUUCAUCCGUUCAAUUCCAAAGUGGGUAAACACGGUCCAUCACAAACAAGUAAACUCUUUCCCAAAGGGAGGCAGUGCCAGGCUCGGCUUCCUCCGGACGCCGGUUUUAUUUUCCCGUAGCCAGUAUAGAUCAGGGCCCCAGCCCACUAUCGGGCCGACCCUGCUUUCACAGGUAUUGAUUAGGGAGUGCUGUGCAAUCUACUAAACGGAGAGCAGCGAAGGAACACCUCACCGAGGGGAGACUGACAGGAGAAGCAAACUGAGGAGGACCCGGGCAGGAAGGUUGCGAGCUUCCCGGGGACUGCGGAGGGCGGCGGCGUGAAGUUUCUGGAAAGAGCACUGCGGGGCGAGGCGGGGCGCUGCGGAGGAAAGGGAGCGCGCGGAGGAGCGGCCGGAGCCCACAGGCCGGGACGGGGAGGUCGGGUCCCCAAGGCUCGGAGGUACGUAACACCAAUAAAAACUACUCAAUCAGCAAGAGAGAUGGAGACUGCUGAUGGCUGUGGGGCAGAUUUCUUGAUUAUUUGUGAAUUGAUUUCAACCACAAAGGCAAAAUGUAAAGAUUAACGAAUAAUCGUUUCUAUCGUUCCUUGGUACACUGGUUGAGAAAUAACACCAAUCACAUUAGUAAUGUGAUAUCAGAAAGCUUUGAUGGAGCCCAACGUGAAAGCCCUAAAAGGCCUGAAUGCACAAAAGGAGCCUUGGACGGACACAACCAACCAGUUAAAAACCAGGAAGAAGUGGUAGAAAUCAUCACUGAGGUUCCUCUGCAAAAGGAACACCGACUAUCACUUGGGAAGAGGAAUCCUCCAACCUCUGCUUCCACCCACCUGCACAGCAAGGUGAAUUGACAGAAGUAGCAUCUCAGAUACCCCUCCAUGCAUGAAUGGACCCGGAGAAGACAAAAUCCUUUUUGGAGCAAGGAGAAUGUUGCAAUGGACUGGAAAGAGGGGAGCAGUCAGCAGAAAGAACAGAGCUAAUGGAACCUGAAUUGGUUUCUCACCCUCCAGAGCUCUGUCAGCUUGUGAGCCCAAGUCAAGAGGAAUUGACCAGAGGAAAUAGUCAUAGAGCCAGCAGAGAAAUCAUAUCAGAACAACUCACCGGAGUUGAAAAUGGUCAAGGAGACAGCACUGAUUUGAACAACUCAGAUAGCAGGAAGAUUAAGACAAUUCUGCAUUCAAUUCUAUCAUCCUGUGUAUAUAGAACUUUUGGAGUCCUCCUGAUUAUCCUGGAUAUAAUACUUGUAUUUAAAGAACUAAUUUUCACUCGUGCAAUUUAUAUUCCUUUUGGAUAUCUAUUAGUUCUCCUAGCUAUUGCUUUAUUUUUUUUCCUCGAUCUUCUUGUUCGAGUAUAUUUAGAACAGUUUUAUUUUUCUGAUGCAUUUCAUAUCUUAGAUGCUAUCGUUACUAUAGUGAUUCUGCUGCUCAAUGUGGUUUGCAUUUUUUAUAACAUCAAAUUUGUUAGUGAUAUCCCCAGGUCCCAGGAAACACUACAUGAUACACAGAAAGAGGAUUUGAUCUGGAUCUCACUUGUAUUACUGGUGGGGAUUGUGAAGAUUUAUUUAGACAAAGUUAAUUUGACACAUGAUGCCACCUGCUGUCUGUACUGUAUGUUUUUUGGCUCCUUCUGAAAUGCCUCUAAUGUAUCAUCCUGUCUUCAGGUACAGAAGGAAAUAAACCAUCCUCCACCACUACUCUCUCGAUUUUGCCCUCCUUUUUGAAAAACACAGGGCCAUAAAAAAAAGAUUUGAGGAACUGGAACAAAAAUCAAAAUGUUAUAUUUUAUCAUGAUGUUAAGAACAUGCCUGCAAGGCAUGCACUGCCAGCCGAUAACAUUUUUUUGCUGUGUGAGUCUAGCACCAAACAGAACAGUUGGCACUAAGUCCUCCUCGGUGACACUUGUCUAGUCAUUCAUUACUGCCUCCUUCCUCCCACUCCUCAAACCUACAGGCAUAUCCUAAUCCAGUUAUGAAGAAGCUCACCUUUAAAAACCAUCUAACCCACUGCCUGGUAAAAGGAUGUUGAAAAUGGACAGUCUGUUCCCUGGGAGGGCAUUAUCAGCAGUGAAUGUGAACUCUGGAGUAUUUUAUUAUAACAUCUCUGUUCUGUACUCAGAGCUCACUUAGCAGCUCUCAGUAGCUUGCUUCCUAUUAAGCUGCGGAUUGAAAUUUGCUAUUGCGAGAGUAAUAUUACUUCCAUUUGUCUUAAUCUUGUGGUUUAAAAAUUGGAAAGGAUCACAUGCAUGAGAAAAGAGGGUGGCCUGGUGAACAACCCAGGGAAUCUCUGUGAUGGGCUGUGCAGGUGCUACCCGUAAACCAGAGCAGGAAGAGCCACUCUUAAUCUCUGCUUUCUUUGAGGCUUCUGCGGGCUGAAAACCCGGCUGCACAGCUGACACCCAAACUGAGAUCACUCGCCACCUGUUGGCACAGCUGGAGCCCAGCCCCACUAAGACCCCAGCUCUGCCUGUAUGAAUGCAGCUUCCUCUGCCUCUGCUCAUCCCUCUGCCUGGUUCUCAGCCUUCCCCCCAGAUAACGAUUCUUUGAUAUGUAUCUUUGCCCUUUUCUUGCUGACUCUUAAUAAUAUUAUUUUCCACCCUCCCCUAUUCCACGGUUUCUCCAGGGCCUCCUCUGGCAGGCAGGAACUCAAGCCAGCUGAGCUCCCCCACCACUGUGAUGUAGGCCAGAAGGUUCCCUGCCCAGGAUCUUGGCCUGAGCUCAGAACACGACCCCCCCAGGGGUGCUCCGCAUGCACGGUUUAGCUAGGACCCACACCGCACUCUCCCAUCUGAACUGCCCCUGCAGGCACCUCAGGAGACCAAUUCACAAA